AUUUUUCUCUAAACCAAAAUGACAUGGACCAAGUGGUAAAAAAUCACACAGAACCGGUAGAAACUUUGUUGAGAAAAUCUCUGUUGCCAAAGCAUCAUCAUCUCUAAUGUAGUAGAUCCGUCGAGAGUAAGAACUCUGACUAGAAAAAUAUGGAAAGAGAUAAUGGAAAACGUGACUGAAUAAAAUUCGAUUUGUUUAUACAAUAACAAACCCACGUUUGUAGACUUGGAAAAGAGACACCUUUUAUUUUUUUUUAUGAACUCUUUGGUGCUAGAUCAUAAUUGUAUUCCAAAAGUUUUUUCUGUUGUGUGUAAAAAGCCCGGAUUUAGAGAGAGAUUUAGUUUUUUUUUUUUUUCCGGCACUUGGGUCCUUCAAAGUCUCCGCCUUCUGCCGUGUUGAAGUUCGAUGGCGAUAGGAGACCGCAAGAAGAUUAUCAUCGAUACUGAUCCUGGAAUCGAUGAUGCAAUGGCGAUAUUCGUAGCUUUAAAUUCACCUGAAGUUGAUGUCAUUGGCCUCACUACUAUCUUUGGAAACGUGUAUACCACUCUCGCCACUCGAAACGCCUUGCAUUUGUUGGAGGUUGCGGGUAGGACCGAUAUUCCGGUGGCUGAAGGAACACAUAAAACCUUCUUGAACGAUACGAAGCUUCGAAUAGCUGACUUUGUUCAUGGAAAAGAUGGGCUUGGCAACCAAAACUUCCCUCCACCUAAAGGAAAACCAAUUGAAAAGUCUGGACCUGAGUUUUUAGUUGAACAAGCAAAGCUUUGCCCUGGUGAAAUCACGGUUGUUGCUUUGGGACCACUAACAAAUCUCGCGUUGGCUGUUCAGCUUGAUCCAGAGUUUUCGAAAAAUGUCGGACAAAUUGUUCUUCUUGGUGGAGCAUUUGCAGUAAACGGAAAUGUAAAUCCAGCUUCGGAAGCUAAUAUUUUUGGCGAUCCCGAAGCUGCAGAUAUUGUGUUCACAUGUGGGGCCGAUAUAAUUGCUGUGGGAAUCAAUGUGACCCAUCAAGUUAUUAUGACAGCUGAUGACAAGGACAAACUAGCAUCAUCGAAGGGGAAAUUAGCUCAAUAUCUCUGUAAAAUCCUUGAUGUGUACUAUGAUUAUCAUCUCACGGCUUACGAAAUCAAAGGUGUGUACCUUCAUGAUCCUGCGACGAUCCUUGCGGCUUUCCUUCCUUCUCUAUUCACUUAUACAGAAGGAGUUGCUAGAGUGCAGACAAGUGGUAUCACUAGGGGACUCACUUUACUGUACAACAAUCUUAAGAGGUUUGAGGAAGCGAACGAGUGGUCAGACAAACCAACGGUAAAAGUGGCAGUGACGGUUGAUGCUCCUGCAGUCGUGAAGCUCAUAAUGGAUAGGCUUAUGGAGUCUUAAACCAUCUUGGGUCGUUAAUUAGUUAUCUCUUUCUCUUUGAUGUUUCACUAUUGCGAGCCAUUUCUCUUGUUAAAAAUAAGGCUCCUCUUGCUGCAUUAUUUAUUUAUUGUUUAAUCUUUAUUAAAACGAAUAUUAUUAUGUUACCAAUUACCAAUAAUAAAGUUAAGAUUUUUCCUCCGAUUC